UAAUAAAUACUUUCAAUUCAUGCCUAAAGUAGAACAACUUAUAGCCUCUUAAUAAUAAGUUCAUAAACAUAAAUAUUAACAAUAAGCAGUUGUCCCCUCUAUGCUAAUGAAUUUGGGAAGAGCCUAGCUGGUAAAUUAGAUUACUCUAUUGAAGCUGAAAUGUAUUCAAGUACCAUAUGUAUCAUAUUAUUGGUAAUUUACCUUUAAUUUCAUGAAAAUAAUACCUAUUUAGUGAUCUAAAAGCGUAAAUUCAUAAAGCGUUUUGGUGACCUAGAAGCGUAAAAACGUAAGCUUUUAAGGUUUAAAGCGCAAUUUAGUCCGAUUUUAUACACUUAAGUUUUUAUAUUGAAACGAAAGCGUUUUGCUGACCUGAAAGCGUAAAAUCGUAAGUUUUUAAGUUUUAAAGCGCGAUUUUGACUGCAUUGGUGAAAAUAGUCCAUUAGUUGGAAAGUUCAAACCGAAUUAAUGUUUAUUCUAUUUUUUAUUGUUUUUUAAAUUGAUGUAGUGUAUUUAAUAUCGGUCACAAUUGUUGAUCAUUCAAGUUAACGGUUAAUCCACGAGUCGAGUCAAAUUGGUCUAAUUAUUUUGAAUUUUAGACAUGAUAGAGAUUUAAAAGAAUUCAGGCAAAAACAGUCCAUUAGCAUAAAGUUUAUGCCAAAUGAAAGUAUUACAAAGUGAUCAUCCAAAGUUAAGAUUCGAGGUAGACAAAGAAACUCGAGAGAUGGAUAUGUGGUAUGAAGUCACAAAUGAGUAUAGUGGGAACAACUAAGCGGUGAUCGGCGAGCAACGAUAAGAAGUCGGAGACGGAAAUUUACUACGGCUCAUUCCAAUUAUUUUCUAUUAAAAUAGCCGUUAUUAUUUUGGAGAACUAUACAUUUUGUUUGAUUGCAAAACGAUAAGUCAUUAUAAUUUGCAAAGAAAUUUUUGUUUUCGUAGUUGGUUUUAUAGAAAAUAAGAUAAUGAAAAUAUUAAAUGUAGGGUAAAAUGGCUGCAUUAGACAAAUAACUCAUUUGAAAAUGUAUCAUCUGCAUUUUUUAAAAAAAAUAAUAUAUUUGAAAAUACCUACAAUAUAUACAUGAUCAAAAAUAUCUAUGUAUCUCAAAUGAUUAUGUUUGUACAAAUCACUCAUUUUAAAUCCACAAGCAAACCAUAAAUCUUCUUAAAAAUUUGAUGAAUAUAGGGUUAGAGGAGGAUUAGAAUGUGAUUCUCUAACAAUUUAAACCACAAAAUACUAAAAAGUAAAAACAAAUGUUUUCCCAAAAAUUAGCUACUUACACAUCUAAAAUUAGGACGAGAAAACUUGUUUCUUAAAGUUGAAAUUUAUAAUUAACAAAUUUUCUUUUCUUUCUUGUGUAGAAAAACUAGUUUUCCUCUAGUUGACAACUUGGGAUCAAAUUCCUUCUCUUGUCUUAUCUCUCUCUCUCUCCCCAGUUUCUUUGUUUGUCUCUCUCUAGCAAAAAGGAGCCAACUUUUUCUCAUCAAAUCAGAUUCAAAUUUUGCCGAGAAGAGACGAAAUCACGAACCAACAGUUGCUUGCAAUAAUUAAAUUGAUAAACAAUCAAAUUAAGAUUUCUGACGACUUUCAGGACGACUUUCAGGCGCAUGCUUGAGAGAGAGACGAACAGAGAAACAGAGGGAGAGAGAGAUCGAGAGAAACGGAAUCACAGCAGCUUUACCUUCGUUUCGUUGUCGUAGUAGCUUGCAUCUGUUGAUUUGCAUUGAAGGCGGUUCAUUGUUCUCUUUCUCGUUUGUGAGAAAUCCGAGCAUCUUGAGGAUUUGAUAGAGAGACACGGCGACCCUCCUCUGUCCCCUGUCCCUUUCUUCUUCUUCUUCUUCCCACCUCGCUCUUUAAUGCGAGUCUCUCUAUUUAUUCCGAUCCCCAUUUGCCCUCAAAAUCAAACUCCAUAACGAAAUCCCAGUUCAUUUCUUAUGCAAUUUUGAGCUGCACGAGCCUUUUCCAAGGCAAAGUUUUCAUCUUUCCCCCCUGAUUUUUAAUGGGUAUGCUCAGGGCUGCUUUGUUCUCGAAUUUUCUUUGAUUGGUUGUUUUCAUUAUAACGUGGCAUGGUUCAAUUCCUCCCUUUGAUAUGAAACAAUUUCUUCUUGCCUUUGAAUUUGUCUUGUUUUGAUGCUUGCUGGGUAUGGAACAUGUGAACUAUCAUCAUCAAGUUUGCCUUUCCUAAGCCUUUUGAGUUUUGGGGUUUUCGCUCAAACUCUUCCUAUAUAUAUAUUUUUUUCCAGAACCCAGUUUUGAUUGUUUGUGCCUGAUAUGUAGAUGGACGUUGAAGAAGAAGAAGACCAUAAAGAAAGUGCAUGACUUUUGACCUUUAUGAUGAUCCUCCCUCAGCUUGAUACUUCAACUAAGGGAUCGAAUUCGGCAUGGGGGAUAGAGAUAGGAAGGAUAUAAGGCCCCUUUUGCUGAGAUUUGGUGUAGUUGUAUCGGUUUCCUUUGCUGGAUUCCUAGCCUCUCGCGUGGCAGCCAACAGAAUCCAUAUGGCCAAGCAGCAGCAGCAGCAGCCUCCUCGUUCCCCGAGAUCUCCAGAUCAUGAGAGUAGUAGUAAAGCUGAUGUUGGAGCAAGCAAGGCCUUUUGCGAUGAUGACAUUCCUUCUGUGAAAAGAAGUCCUGGUUCUGGUUGCAUGGGAUUGGAUGGACAAAAUGUUGUUUGCAGGGUGAAGGCUGCCGGUGAAACUUCCACGGGCAACUUUUCACCAAGCUGCAAGCUGAGUGGAGAUAAAGAUGGCUACUUAUUGCCAGAAUUCAAUGAUCUAAUAAACGAUUUCGGUGUUCCUAAGCAACUUAGAAGUGCUGAGGAGGAUGAGAAAGAGAUUAGGCAUUUAAAGAACAAGGUGAAAACGUUGGAGGAGAGGGAGAGGAAGCUCGAGGCCCAACUGGUAGAGUUGUAUGGCCUCAAAGAGCAUGAAACUGCUGUCACUGAGCUGCAGAACCGAGUCAAGAUAAACAACAUGGAGACCAAGCUUCUCACCCUCAAGAUGGAGUCUUUACAAGCCGAAAACCAGAAGCUUGUGGCUCAAGCUUCGGAACAUACAAAAACUGCUUCUGAGCUGGAUGCUGCGAAGGCGAAGAUCAAGUUGCUGAAGAAGAAGUUGAGAUCUGAAACUGAACAGAACAAGGAACAGAUCUUGGCACUUAAGAAAAAGGUUACCAAGCUGCAAGAACAAGAAAGCGGUGCUGCUUCCAGUGAUUCUGAGCAGAGGCUGAAGGAUUUGGAGGUACAGACAGAAGAGUUGACAAAGUCUAACAUGAAAUUGAAGCAAGAGAACUCAGAUUUGGCUCAUCGAUUGGAAGCCACCCAAGUGCUUGCAAAUUCUGUUCUUGAAGAUCCAGCGAUGGAGGAGCUGAGGCAAUUGAGCAACCGGCUAAGCGAGGAGAACAUUCAUCUGAAAAAAGAGGUGGAGCGACUCAAAGCCGAUCGAUGCUCAGACGUCGAAGAGCUUGUCUAUCUCAGGUGGAUCAAUGCCUGCUUGAGGUAUGAGCUGCGAAAUUUUCAGGCGCCGAAUGGGAAAACAGCUGCACGAGACCUGAGCAAAUCACUGAGCCCCGAGUCUGAGGAGAAAGCAAAAAAGCUGAUACUUCAGUAUGCGAAUCCUGAAGGAAUGGGGGAGAAAGGAAUGAGAAUGGUAGAUUUUGAGACAGAUCAAUGGAUUUCCUCCCAAGCAUCAUACAUCACAGAUUCCACACACUUUGAUGACACUUCCUCAGUAUCAACAAAGGCCACCAGCAUCAGCAACCAUAGCCCCAGAAAGCUCAAGAUCUUCAAGAAGCUCAGGAGGUUAAUACGUGGGAAAGAUGCUCACAGCAAAGAUGAGCACAGGAUGGAAGAUUCUGAUUAUCCUAGCAGUGUGUCAACUGGGACUGAUGCAGGAAGUGACACACAGUCCAAUAGAGGUCUGACACCAUUGAUUUCAUAUCGGUACUCUACUGAUAGUCAAAGAAUGAGCAUUCCUGGGUUGUAUGAUGCUAAGGAUGUGGAGAGUCUUCGUGCAACGAGUGAUCUGGGGUCCACCGAUUUGCUCAGGAGGUUUUCAUCAGGCCCAGAAACAAGUAGAGACUUUUUACCUGAGAAUGAUGACCUGGGGAAAUCUGACUUGGUUAGGUUUGCUGGAGUAUUGAAAGAUUCCAAUGGUAAUAAUGUAACGGAGCUACAACAUAGAAAAGGGAAAAGCAGUAUCUUUUAGCUGAUACAUAUCUAAAGAAUAAUCUCUGGUCUAAAUG